AAGAGCAACCUUUUACGAGAAGGGGACUUGAGGCAAGAGUUGAUUUUAUUUAUUAGAGGUGCCAAUCGUUCCAAUAUCUUGCAGAGGUUUGUUUUGUUGUGUACUGCGGAGCAAAUCAGCAAACAAUGGUGCUUAUCAAAUUGCUCGCUAGCACGAGAUCAGUGGUGAAGAUUGUCGUUCCGGUGCUCGCACCUGUCUUCAUCGUUUACGCGAUAUUUGACACGUUGAGAUUCUUCAACGUUAUUGAUCUAACAAGAGACCAUUUCCUCUCGAGUUUGGUGGACUUCCACUGCUAUUCGGUGCUACAGCAGGGGUUCGAGCCCCUUUUGAACUUACCGAAUGGAUUGCUGGCAAAUGUCCUGUCGAUAACGCUCUUCUGCCUAUAUGCAGUUGCGACAGUACUAUCGUUGGCUUAUACGUUACUAUUCCAUGGCUUUUGCAUCGCUUCGUCAUUCGAGAAAAGAUGGAGCCCAAUCUAUCAGCUGGCUGUUAGUUCCCUACAUUGAAUAGACUGAUGUAACGAUGAACAUAAAAAAUGCAUGAAUAUGGUGAGUUUGUACGUAGUAUUAGAACCCAAAGUUGAAUGCACUCAUAUCGGG